GCCCUCACCAAGACUCUUCCGCCCGCUUCAAACAUGGCUGCCAGGUGACCUCCGCACAGCCACAACAGUACCGGCCUACUUGCGCGUAGGCGCCGCUACGGCCCCACGUUGGGAUCUUUUUAGGUAGGGUUGCUGAGGGGAAGGCCCCGUGGGGCAGCGAGGUCUCCGGGAAGUCGCCCGGGGCAGCGAAGUUGAACAGGCGCGGACCGGAAGUUCCACGGCCUCGAUGUCUGGGGGGGAUCCGUUAGGCGCAGACGCCGGAAGUGGCGAGUCGGCGGGUGUGAGACGGCGUCCGCGGUGUGAGCGUCCCCUCAGCGGCGGCGACAUGGAGCCUGGAGCUGCGGAGCUGUACGACCAGGCCCUCCUGGGCAUCUUGCAGCAUGUGGGCAACGUCCAGGACUUCCUGCGUGUGCUCUUCGGGUUCCUCUACCGAAAGACCGACUUCUACCGCCUGCUGCGCCACCCAACGGACCGCAUGGGCUUCCCGCCCGGCGCCGCGCAGGCCCUGGUGCUGCAGGUAUUUAAAACCUUCGAUCACAUGGCCCGUCAAGAUGAUGAAAAGAGGAGGAAAGAACUUGAAGAGAAAAUCAGAAAAAAGGAAGAAGAGGAGGCCAAGGCUGUGGGGACCGCUGCUGCUGGGAAGGAACCCGUCCCUGCCCCAGUUCAGGAAAUAGAGAUCGACUCUGCCACGGAGUCGACUGGGCCUCAGGAAGUAGAGAACGUGCAGCCGCCGGCCCCGCAGGUGGUUGAGCAGGAGGGGGUCCAGGGCUCGGAGGAAGUAGAACCCUCAGGAGCCAUUGCCAGUGCUGCUGAAGCCCCCCCAGAGCCCUCAGAGCUACCCAGGGCUCAGGAGCAGUUCCAGAGAAAUCCUGACAGUUACAAUGGUGCUGUCCGUGAGAACUACACCUGGUCACAGGACUACACCGACCUGGAGGUCAGGGUGCCGGUGCCCAAGCACGUGGUGAAGGGGAAGCAGGUCUCGGUGGCCCUCAGCAGUAGCUCCAUCCGCGUGGCCAUGUUGGAGGAGGGCAGGGAGCGCGUCCUCAUGGAAGGGAAGCUCACCCACAAGAUCAACACCGAGAGCUCCCUCUGGAGCCUGGAGCCGGGCAAGUGCGUGCUGGUGAACCUGAGCAAGGUGGGUGAGUACUGGUGGAAUGCUAUCCUCGAGGGUGAGGAACCCAUCGACAUCGACAAGAUCAACAAGGAGCGCUCCAUGGCCACUGUGGAUGAGGAGGAGCAGGCGGUCCUGGACCGGCUCACCUUUGACUACCACCAGAAGCUGCAGGGCAAGCCACAGAGCCAUGAGCUGAAAGUCCAUGAGAUGCUGAAGAAGGGGUGGGAUGCUGAAGGCUCUCCCUUCCGAGGCCAGCGAUUCGACCCGGCCAUGUUCAACAUCUCCCCGGGGGCUGUGCAGUUUUAGUGACUGGAAGGAAAAGGAUGACCCCUGUCCUCGGCCAUCCCCCUCGGCUCCCUGCGUGCCAGGGGCGCGCUCAUCUCCUCCACCCCUAGCCACCCUUUCUCUCAAGGGUGAGCCCAGCCUUCCUCCUGACCUCGCACCUCCAGACUGUUGGGGGCAGGUGCGGGGCCAGUGUUGCUGGCCGCCGUGGCCAACGCUGACUGAAGGUGUUUGACGCGCAGGAGGGACACUUGCCCGAGAACCGGGAGCACAUGCUGUCUUCACGGCACCCAGCAUCGAGGGCUGCACCCAUCACCCCACCCCACUUGUUUUGACGUCCUCUGCUUGCUGUCCUGGUGGCUGGGUGGGGAGUUCUGUCCCUUCAGCAAGGCCCAGUUGGAAUGUGGGGCUCAGUGCUUGCAUGAGGGGAACUGGGUGCACUGUGGGGUGCUGCUGGGCCUCUGUGGGAACCCCUUGCCCUCUGGGGUGUGUUCACAUGCGCCUUGCUCUUUGUGAGUGUGCUGGGUUGUGCCGUCUGCACGUCAUCGGUGUUGGGGAGUCUGCGCUCCAGGCAUGGCGGGUCCCUUCUGUGCUUUGACUGUGGCUGCCUUGCCGGGCUCUUGUGGAAGUGAGUGGGCCCAGCCACCGCUGCAUGAUACUCUGCUGGGCUGUCUGGAGGCCUCCUUGUGGGGUUGGACCAGGAACAGACGUGGGCACUCUAAGGAAGAGAUCACGGCAAGCUCCUGGCCUGGACCUCAGCCAUAGGAGGAGGGGUGCCUGAGCCAGCUGCUGAAGGCAGUCCCCAGAGCCCGAAGACUGUCUGCUUCCCGGGGGACUGGGCACCACUCCAGCAGCCCCAUGCCCACCCCUUGAGUACAGCUGCUGCCCUGCUCCAGCCAGAUCAUGUGACCGGACUGAGGGGUGGGGCCCAGGUGCCCAAGGGCUCCCAGGGGCCUCUACCCUAUAGCCAGGAGCUUGUAUUACCCCUGCCCAGCACUGCGCCCUCAUCCAGCUCUUGACCUUGGUGCAGACAGUUUACACCACAGGUCUCCACACCUGUGCCUCCUGCAGCCCACUAGAAGCAAGGCCUGGCCUCCCGUUCGAUGUGAAGGCUGGGGAGGGGCUGUCCCCAGGGGCUCAAUGGGGGCGACCCUCCAGAGACAGCUAGCUUCAGCUGUGGAGCUAGAGCUGGUGAGGGGGUUUCUGUUUCCUGGAGGUGCAGGCAGCCUGUGAGAGGUAUGAACCAGGGGAUGCUCUGUGGUUAAAGGAGGGAACAGCUGUGAGAGCCCUGUCAUCUCAUGUUCGCCACCGAGCUGGUGCCAGGGAGCAGAACCAUCACCUCCCAGAGGCCCGGAGGAAGCUUUGCUCAUUUUUCCUGAAAUUCCCACCAGGAGCCUGGGAUUUGCAUACUGCUGCUGCCGGAGUGCGUGUCUGCUGUCCUCUUUCUGAUCCCCUAGCUACCCCCGUCCCUGCCUGUGGCUGGUCUUCCUGAGGAGUGGUAGAGUGUGGGAGCCCUGUGCCUCAUUGUGUGGUACUUGGAGUCGUUCCAUUCCUUGGCAGUGACUUCCUCUUGCCUGGUUUGGUUUUCCGUGUGGAUUUUCUCCUGUUUCCUGCCCUGCUUCAACAAGCGCAAGCCCUGUCCAGGAAGAGCAGUGCAAAGUGGUGGCCGCAUGGCAGGAGCAGCCACCCCCAUGUGGCCCUGCCAUGCCCCCUCCUGGCAUGGCUUGUUUCCAGCACCUGGUGGAUGGUUCUCUGCCCAGGGUGCCACCCUGGGCUGGACCAGUGUUUGUCCGGAGCUGGCGCACGGCCUGUUUUCUCUUUUUAGACACGACAGCUGCAGUUUGGCCACUAAGUCCCACCAGCUGAGGUCUGAGGAAAGCGGGGUGACUCAUCCCCCUUGUCCAGGGGCCCUGGAGAGUGGGGUGUCCAGCUUGCAAAGCUGCUCCAGUUCCUCGGUGUUAGUUUGCAAUAAAUCUGUAUUUAAGCAUCGUG